CGGAGCAGAAGUUUGUGGUGUGUGUAGACGCCUGCAUGCAGCUCGGUGUGUGUGUUCGUCUGAGUGCUGAGCGGAGUGUGUGUGAGUGUGUGGAGAUGGUAUUAAAGUAGCAAAGAGCGAAAUAAAGUAGGGAAAGAUGGAGCAAGAAGCUCAGGAGAGUGCAGAAGAAGAAGUGGACAGAAGUUCAGGAGGAGAUGGAGGGAAUGAAGCGGAGCUUGAGAGUUACUCCAGAGCCAAGUUCACACUCUGGGCUUAUAUCAUCUGCUGGACUGCACUCCGACUACUGAUACGGAAGCUGAGGAUCGGCGCAGCAAAGCGACAGGUCCAGGAAGCUCUUGAGGCCCCGAACAACCCUGGUGGAGCAGAACAGACCAAGCGUGAGCUUGAUUCAUGCUCACAAGGAUGGAGAGAGCAGGAAUCAGACAGUUCACAUGAACCGUGGAACAACGAGGACAAGUUUUCGAGUCUGUUGGGGGUGGAACAUCUUUAUCCAGGAUUGAGUUUAGGAAAUGGACCUGAGGAGACAGACUGUAAAGCACAAGCAGGCGUGACAAACACACACUGCAAAGGACAGAAAAUACAUCACAUUAACACACACUGUGGAGAGCUUACAGAGGUAUCACAGGAAAGACUGUCACAAUCAACCAACGGUCUCAACACAGCAGAACUUAAUCAAGGAACAGGAGAACUGAAAACACAACAUAUAAACACACACAAUCCAAAACAGACCACAACAAAUAACACAAAGGAACUAAAAACACAACACACUGAAAAUACAGACCUUACAGGUACAGCCUGUGUGGAGAUAAAGGAUGAAGAGAGGGCAGGUUCACAAAGCACAGAGAAAACAGAUGAUAGCAUAGCAGUGGGGAAAAGAAAGGACAUCAGUGACCCACACUCUGUGAGAUGUAGCUCUUUAACAAAAUACUGUAGAGAAGUCAGAAGUUGCUCACAAACCACAGAUCCAUUUAACUUAAAUGGUUCGGGCAAGAACCACACAGAAAUCACAGGCAUAUGUAGUGCAGAGUUACACAAACAUUUCCACAGUAACAUAGACACACACCUUGAUAUAUUACACAAUACAGAUAAAUCAGAAAUACACUCAUCUGGCAGCAGAGAGGUGGACAUCAGAGAUACAGGUGCACUGAGCUGCUCUCAGGACUCAGAUCUACAACAUAAAAAUGACAACAAUCCACAUGCACACUGUCCAGAAAGUAUUAUAGACACAGCAUGCACAACAUGUUAUGUCCAGCAAAGACAUACUAUCAAUUCAGGGUGUGUAACUAUCAAACGCAAGUCAACACUGUCUCAGGAUGACGUAUGCAAUGGAAAGACAAGCUUCGACAACGCUGAUGAACUUGACUCGCUAAGCAGGAGUGCAGUGAAGCAGAUUCAUUGCAAUGCAAACUCUUUGCACACGCAUGCACUUGAGAAUGAGAGCACAAACACCUCAGGUGUAAAAGAAAAGGCACUGAACACUGCUGGGCACUGCAGAGACGCUCUGAUUGUUUUAACAGCUUGUAGAGACUGUAACAUAGCGGAGACAGCACCAUCCAAAACUGAGGAAUACUGCACUACACACCUUAACACGUGCGAUGGUGAAACAAAGACUCAUGACACACUCAGUGUAUCAGGUAUCCACUCACUGCAUUUAGGAACUGAAUCUGUGAACUCUCCAGGAUCUGGACUUCCUCACCCCUUAAACGGUAAACUGUUGCCUGCUUGUUCUGAUGAGACAGCUGCAGAGAAUUUAGUGGAGCACACUGGAGCAGAGAAGCAACUACAAAAAAACCCACAAGAUCAGCCGCAUCAGAAAAUAGAGUCCAAGUUCCUGCCAUGCUCCACAGACUGUCAGGAUGUUGACGGAAUCUUCUGGCUAAACUCACCAGUCACUGCAACCGAGAACAAGUCCACACUGUCCAAUACAGGGGGGUUUGUGUGCAGGGAGGACAGAAGAAACACAUUUGAGGAGAAGGUUUGGGAGGAUUCCUCCUUUCCACUUACCCUCUCACCACUAUCUACAUCUGGGGAAAGACUUUCAGAAGGCAUCUCCCUGCUCCAAAUACACAAUGAGUGCAAAGAUAAUAACUCCCACAGCCCAGAGCUUUUGAUAUCCUCUGGUCAUUCCUGUGACAGAUCACAUUACUCCCUUUCCACAAAGGAGAAAGUAAAGGAUCCAAGCCAGGAACCGACAAGGUCUGAGGAAGUGGAGGAUAAUCUGUAUCCAAAACAUGGACCGAGUAUAGAAGAUGAGCUUCAUCUUCCAUUUCAUUCAGCCAAGUCAAGCCAGUCUGAAAUUUGGACUGAGAACUGUAUCUUAUCAAAGCCUGUUGAAACACAGGCUCCACUAUUUACUGUUUGUCAGCCAACACACACACAUGAGCAGUGUGUCAAUGUCCUGAAUAAUCACACACUGUUUAUUGAUUUAAAACAUAAGAAAAGCAUCUCUUCUUCCCAAGGGAAUGUUACUAAGAUCCAAUUUCCAGAAUCUAGCACUGUUACAACUGUUCAAAAGGACAAUCCUCAAUCAGAGCAGACUGAGUCACAUUGGAACCUCCCUGUAUACAGUAACACGGCCUCAGAAAAGUCAGCAGAGGCCAAAGAAGCUGUAGGGGUCUGUAAUCCUUGGUUGGAACCUUUUUCUGAUGGUCCAGAAAGUGAUUCUGAGGACAGUGAUCAAACCAAUUUCCUCUCUCUGACCUUUGACCAGCAUGAAGGUGCACUUCAGCGGGGCUUGGUCACUUUAGAUGGACUAAAGAAACGCUCAGAUGUUCUGUUUCCUGUAGACUGGAGCAGUGAGGACUCUGCUGUCUCUGGUCUAGGUGAAGAUUUUGAGAGCAUUCACUGUGAUUUCUACCCAGGGCAUGUGGGGAAUCCUGAGCAACUUAUACAAAAAGAAUACCUUGAAAAGGAUAAAUGUUUACACUCUGAAUGUAAUAUUGUAAGCACAGAUGAUAAAUUACCCCAUGACCAAAAGUGUCAUGUAGAGUCACAACCAAUCCAGUCAGUUCCUAAUGGACUUAGUCUGUUUACACAGUCUGGACAAUGCAAACAUGUACACACUUCCCUCUCUGGCUACAUACAAGAGACUGAUUUAGACUCUCAGCCACAACAGCCAUCUACUGAAGAUCUGAAGACACAGAAUCCUCUCAAGCAGGACCAACAGAAAGAGCUCUCUAGCUCAAACCAGCUCAAAUCCCAUAACGGCAUCAGGAACUGUACUGACAAAGAGGACAGUUCAUUAUCACUUUCUGGAGUAAAGACAAUACGUUACACCCAAGCUGAGGUCUUGCUCCCCUCCCGAAGCCUGGAGCCUAUCCCAGAGACGGACUGCUCCCUGGAUAACUUCCCUAAUCCUAAUGAUGAUUCCUUUAUAGGUGACAAGAAAACAGAAACUGAGAAGUGUGGAAAUGAAAAAAUGAAACCCUCAGAGUCAGACCAAGACAUUCUUGGGGUUGCUUCCUGUGAGCACAGUUUGUCCAUAUGUAAAGGAAAGCCUGAGGACCAGCCAUGCCCUGCUCCCUCACACCUGAAUGACGACAAGUCUCUACAGAAUGAUGAAGCCACAUCAAUCAAGUGUCCAUCCACAGGAUCCUUUGAACUGGACACGAGCAGCAUUAAUAGUGAGGACCAAGAGGAGCAGAAAUCCCCUCUAGCUGGUCCCACUGUGAAAUCACAUUCAAAAAGUAAAGUUAAGCCAUCCAAAUUCUCAGUUUUCUCCAAAAUGCCCUCGUUUAGACGAGGAAAAAGUAUGGCAAGAGAUGGGAGGGUAAGUAAGGGUGAAAUUUCACCCAGGGACUCACAGGACAGAGGGGAGGAACUUCACCUCAUCCAGGAUCCAGGACGAGACCCUGAGAGUCAGCCAGACAACUCAGAUGAUGAAGUCUUCUACAAAAGUGAGGUUGUAAAUAAGCAAACAGGGCUCCAGGUAGAUACAGAGGAUGAAGAGGAGGAAGAAGAUGUCUUUGGUCAUGUCCAGGGAACAGGGGACAUGGAGGGUUCAGAGAUGCCACAACUUAAACAGAGCACAGGUAGUGAAUGCUCAAACUGCAGGAGGAGCAAAAGUACAGAUGGCUUAAGCUUUCGCUUGCGUUUUGCUCAGGCUCACAAGUCUCUGUCAAGCUUAUUUGAGUCUCGGUCCCUGGAUAAGUACAAUGAGUGUCCAGAAUUAGAAGAUACACGAACCAAGCUUUUGUGGAAGAAACAUAAACGGGCGAAGGAGGUUGAUCUUCUAAGGCGUACGUUGUCUGUGCCAGACACGGACGGAAAUAAAGCUAUGCAGCGCCAUACUGACCCACUUAGCAAGCGUGGUGUCCUGAGAGAUGGAGUUGGCAAUUCCCUGCAGGACAACAAAUCAGAUGGGCGUAGUAGGAGGUGCUUUUCAAUUACAUUCAUUGAUUCCUCUGAAGCCUUGCCUUCUGGUGACUCAGGUCCUGUCUCACCUAUGGCUCCACUAGCCAGUCAGCUGUUAUCAUCCUGUUCCAAAAUGCCAUCAGGGAGCAGUGAAAAUCCAGAUUCACCAAUGAGACCAAUGAGUCCCAAACCAAGCAGUCCAAGGUCUGCAGGGCAGAAACAACGAUUCCGGUACCCCUCUUCACGGGCAAACACUCUUUCUCUGAUUAUUCUUGGCCAGAGUGUUAGUGUUUCAGAUCCCCCUGAGAGACCGAGGUCCCUCAAACCUAAAGUUGGACGUCAGGGUUCUCUCAGCCCACUGGGUGCCAGCAAUCACCUAGAGGAUGGCAGCAUAGACAGCCCCUCCCCCAUCAGCACCAUUAUGUCUAUGACAGACAAUGAAUUCGAGCCUAGUGUAUCGCUGAAGGUAUCUCCUGGAAGUCCUCGUCUCUUCAGUCACUCUACAGUAAUGAAGACUGUUAAGAGUCCUCCUGCUGGAUCAUCCAGUCUGAGCACCAGAUCCAGGAUUAGCACUACCCUACCAAUGCGUGGUGGAUUUCAAAGACAUUGUUUCAGGGAUGAUCUGUGGAUUGAGGAGGAGAAGAAGCGACAGAGGAGGCUGAGAAGGGGAGCACCAAAGAGGGGCACUCACCUACUGGAGGAGAUAGAAGAAGUGAGGACCCGACUAUCUAUAUGUGCAUUAAAAGUGUUUCCUGGAAUGCCACUCCGAAGUCUGAGCUUCUCUCACAGCACACCCACUGGACUGGACUGCCUCAGCUGGAGACGACGCAUGUCCUCCCCUGCACACAGGAGUAUACGCUUGUGCGCUGCCAUGCGCACCCAGCAGGGCGGCGCCGAAGGCUCUGUGCCUCUGCCCGGGGGUAGUUGUGGCAGUAGCAGUGGCAGUUCAGGCUUGUCACCUGGAUCAGACUCGGAUGCCAGUCUUGGGCCUGGAACUUACUCUGGAUAUGGGGGAACUCUGAGGGGUAUCUUAUCCCGAUAUUGGAGCCUCGAGAGCCUUCACUCCACCACGGCAGUGAUCCUUCCUGACGGAGCUCCAGAGAAGCUGGGUGUAGGAGACGAAGCUGGCAGUGAAGAAGAUCUUUAUGAGGAGCUCCGCAAUUCAGGACAUCGCUUCCCUCAUCCGGGAGGAGCAGGAGAGCAGCUGGCUAUAAAUGAGCUGAUCAGUGAUGGCAGCGUGGUGUAUGCUGAAGCAUUAUGGGAUCAUGUCACCAUGGACGAUCAGGAACUCGGCUUCAAGGCUGGAGACGUCAUUGAAGUAGUGGACGCAACGAACAAGGAGUGGUGGUGGGGACGCAUCCUGGACAGUGAGGGCUGGUUUCCAGCCAGCUUUGUCAGAUUGCGUGUGAACCAGGAUGAGCCGAUGGAGGAUUACCUGGCACAGCUGGAGAAGGCUCAUGAGGAGCAGAGCUCAGGCGUUGGGCUGCUCCUCGGACCUGGCCUGCCCUGCAAAGAGCAGAUGAGGACCAACGUCAUCAAUGAGAUCAUGAGCACAGAACGGGAUUACAUCAAACACCUGAAGGACAUCUGUGAGGGUUACAUCAAACAGUGCCGGAAGCGCAUGGACAUGUUUACAGAGGAGCAGCUGUGCACCAUCUUUGGAAACAUUGAGGAUAUCUAUCGGUUCCAGAAGAAGUUCCUGAAAUGUCUAGAGAAGAGGUUCAACAAGGACGAGCCUCAUCUCAGCGAAAUUGGCUCUUGCUUUUUAGAGCAUCAAACAGAUUUCCAGAUCUACUCGGAGUACUGUAACAACCAUCCGAACGCCUGCGUCCAGCUCUCCAAGCUCAUGAAGCUCAACAAGUACGUGUUCUUCUUUGAAGCCUGCCGUCUGCUGCAGAAGAUGAUCGACAUUUCUCUGGACGGUUUCCUCCUCACUCCCGUCCAGAAGAUCUGCAAGUACCCACUUCAGCUGGCCGAGUUACUGAAGUACACCAACCCCCAGCACAGGGACUACAAAGACGUGGAGGCAGCUUUAAAUGGGAUGAAGAACGUGGCCAGGCUGAUUAACGAGAGAAAGCGGCGUCUGGAGAACGUGGAUAAGAUCGCUCAGUGGCAGAGCUCCAUCGAGGACUGGGAGGGUGAAGACAUCCUCAGCAGGAGCUCGGACCUUAUCUACUCUGGUGAGCUCACAAAGAUCUCUCCACCUCAUGCCAAGAGCCAGCAGCGCAUGUUUUUCCUCUUCAACCACCAGAUGGUCUACUGCAAAAAGGAUUUGCUACGCAGGGACAUCCUGUACUACAAGGGCAGGAUGGACAUGGACCAGAUGGAGGUGUUGGACGUGGAGGACGGGAAGGACAAGGAGAUGAACGUGAGCGUGAAGAAUGCGGUGAAGCUCCGCUCGCUCGGUGGAGAAGAGGUUCAUCUCCUGUGUGCUAAAAAACCGGAACAAAAACAGCGCUGGCUCCGAGCCUUCGGAGACGAGAGGGAGCAGGUGCAGCAUGACCGAGAAACAGGUUUUUCUAUCACUGAGGUGCAGAAGAAACAGGCCAUGCUCAACGCCUGUAAAAGCCAUCCAGCUGGCAAGCCCAAAGCCGUCACCAGGCCCUAUUACGACUUCUUGCUGCGUCAGAAACACCCCACGCUCCCCACCAGCCUCCCGCAGCAGCAGGUCUUCAUGCUGGCCGAGCCCAAACGCAAGAGCUCCAACUUCUGGCACAACAUCGGCCGACUGACGCCUUUCAAAAAGUGAAAGAGUCCGAGAGAGAGAGAGAGAGAGAGGGAGAGAGAGAGAGAGAGAGAGAUAGAAGCUCUCAGCUUGUGCCUGAACUUUACCCUUCUAUCCUCAUUUUAUUAUUAUUAUUAUUAUUAUUAUUAUUAUUAUUCUUUUCUAUUCCAUCUCCAUGGUUGUACUUACAGAUGCUCCACAGAUUUGUUGUAAUUGUGUUGAUUUUUGGAGAAAGCACUUUAUUAAGGUGGUUACUAUCAGACUCGGCGACUGGCUCCCCGGGACUGCGUCAAUACCUGCUUGUUUUUUUUUUGGGAGUCUUUCAUUUCCUGGAGCUCUGAUUAGCCCCAAACACACUAAUAUCACUAACUUGUGGUGUUUUUUUUCUUCUUCUUCUUCUUCUUUUACUUAAAUCUUUUCAUGCCAAUUGUACACAGUGCCAGAUGUGUUCGCUUUCAUAUUUAAGUUUGUUCCUCGUCACCUGAAACAGUAAAUAAGAGUUAUUACAGCUAUGUCCUGAUGUGUUUAUGUAUCGGAUAAUCUUUAUUUUCUGGUUGUUGUUUCAUUGUGACGUGUUCUGCUCAUAUACGUUUAUCUGAAGCAGAACGUGUUGAAAGUCACACCAAUGUCAUGCUGGAAAACAUCAUCUUUGUUUUACCCACAACUGAUCAUUUCUCAGUGGAAUAGCGAACAGCACCAGGAAUCACUUUAUAUUAAAACAUAAAAAUGUU